AGGUUUCCCACUUUCAUCCUUUAUCUUCUGCUUCUUUCUUGACCAGGGAAACGAGGAUUCUGUGGAGCCUCCUCUUGGAUGCUGUCAGGGAGCAAAUAACACAGGAAGAACAAGUCCUCUCAAGGCGAUGAUCUUGCUGAAUUCUUGACCUCACUUACAGAUAAGAAAGGAAAAUACGAAGAGUCAAGUGUCCGUAUAACAAUUACACACCCAUAUCGCUCUUGACAUGGAGGAGGAAGCAUCUAAAUGCCUGGUGUGUGGGACGAGUUUCACUUGGAGGGAUCAUCUCCAACAGCAUGAAAGAACUUACACUGGAGAGAAUCCCUACACAUGCCUUGGGUGUGGAAAGAGCUUCACUCAAAGUUCAGGUCUACAUUUGAGUCAAAAGACUAACAUUGGGGAGAAAACAUACAUAUGCCUGGAGUGUGGGAAGAGCUUCACUCAAAGUUCAAGUCUACAUUCACAUCAAAGGACUCACACUGGGGAAAAGCCCUAUACAUGCCUCGAGUGUGGCAAGAGCUUCACUCAGAGUGGUGGUCUACAUUCACAUCAAAGGACUCACACUGGGGAGAAGCCCUAUACAUGCCUGGAGUGUGGAAAGAGCUUCACUCAAAGUUCAAGUCUACGUUUGCAUCAGAGAACUCACACUGGGGAGAAACCCUAUACUUGUUUGGAGUGUGGACAGAGCUUCAUUCACAGUUCAGGUCUACAUUCACAUCAAUGGACUCACACUGGGGAGAAACCCUAUAAAUGCCAGGAAUGUGGAAAGAGCUUUACUCAUAGUUCAAGUUUAUGUGUGCAUCAAAGGACUCACACUGGGGAGAAACCCUAUAAAUGCCCAGAGUGUGGACAGAACUUUGCUUAUAGUUCAGGUCUAUAUUCACAUCAAAGGACUCACACUGGGGAAAAACCUUAUACAUGCCUGGUGUGUGGACAGAGCUUUACUAAGAGUUCAAAUCUACGUUUGCAUCAAAGGACUCACACUGGGGAGAAACCUUACACAUGCCUUGAGUGUGGAAAGAGCUUCACUCAGAGGGGACAUCUUCAUUCACAUCAAAGGACUCACACUGGGGAGAAACCCUAUAAAUGUCUGGGGUGUGGACAGAGCUUCACUCAGAGGGCAGCUCUAUAUUCACAUCAAAGGACUCAUACUGGGGAGAAACCUUAUAAGUGCCUUGAGUGUGGACAGAGUUUCACUAAUAGUGGAAGUCUACGUUCACAUCAAAGGACUCAUACUGGGGAGAAACCUUUUAAAUGCCUCGAGUGUGGACAGAGUUUCAGUCAUAGUUCAGGUGUACAUUCACAUCACAGGACUCACACUGGGGAGAAACCGUAUAAAUGCCUUGAAUGUGGACAGAGUUUCACUUAUAGUGCAAGUCUACGUUCACAUCUAAAGACUCACACUGGGGAGAAACCCUAUACAUGCCUGGAGUGUGGACAGAGCUUCUCCGAGAGCCAAAAUCUACAUUCACAUCAAAGGACUCACACUGGGGAGAAACCUUAUACAUGCCUUUACUGUGGGCAGAGUUUUGCUCAGAAUGGAAGUCUACAUAAACAUCGGAGGACUCAUACAGGAGAGAAACCCUAUGCGUGCCUAGAGUGUGGAAAGUGCUUCACUCGUAGUUCAAGUCUAUAUUCACAUCAACGCAUUCACACUGGGGAAAAACCCUAUACAUGCCUGGAGUGUGGGAAGAGCUUCACUUAUAAUUCAGGCCUACGUUCACAUCAAAGGACUCAUACUGGGGAGAAACCCUAUAAAUGCCUGGAGUGUGGACAGAGUUUUACUGAGAGUGGAAGUCUACAUUCACAUCAUCGGAUUCAUACUGGGGAAAAGCCCUAUACAUGCCUGGAGUGUGGACAAAGCUUCGCUAAUAGUUCAAGUCUACGUUCACACCAAAGGACUCACACUGGAGAGAAACCCUUUAUAUGCUUGGAGUGUGGACAGAGUUUCACUGAGAGUGGAAGUCUAUGUUCGCACCAAAGGACUCACACUGGGGAGAAACCUUAUAAAUGCCUGGAGUGUGGACAGACCUUUUCUCAGAAUGGAAGUCUACAUAGACAUCAGAGGACUCACAUAGACAUCACAGGACUCACACUGGGGAGUAACUGUGUAAACGCAUGGAGCCUGGAAAGAACUUCUCUGAAAGUUGAAAACAUUGGGGAGGGCAGUGGUAUUUGACCCCAGAGAGACUCUGUAACACAGCGUUCCAAACUUUUCAAGUCAGUGACACACUUUUAAGACAUGCAUCCUUUCACAACUUCAUAAUUCUGUUUAUCUAGCAAACCAGAGGGUACAGAAAUCCCUUAUAAGAUUUUCAGUAUAUACAAUAUAAUAUCAUACAAUAUAAUUGUGAAGUCUCGGCCUAGUUUUUACCCCUCUGUUUAUUUCCCUGGAGGUGGACUGUUCCAUUGUGCUGAGUUUUCGAGUAGGAGCUUAGGAUCCCCCUAGAGGCCAAGCUCUGUUGGUUCAGCCCAGUCUGGCUCAGAGCCUGGUGGAAGGACCUGUUAUUCCGUUCUUCUUGGACAUAGCGUGUAGUAGUUUGCCAGAAAGUGUCUGGUCUGGCUUAGUGGUCUGGAACAGACAAUCCUUAGCACGUAUUUGCCUUAUAGAUUAGAUAGUACAUGUCCAUGCCAUAGUCUAUACCUUUGCAUGCCUUAGAGUCUAUAGAUUAUAGUAUAUGCUAUAAAGAAUAGUUGUACAUGUCCCAGAGUUUAUAGAGUACUUA